CUGCAGCCCUACUUGUUUUCGCUCAACGACCGUCGACGCCCCUUCGUUGAGUCUUCCACAAUUGAAUAUAGAAUUCACCAUACUUCAAUAUUUUUCUCUCAUGAAUUCGAAGUUCCUCUGAUGGUUGUAACCACGCUAUCAUGAAUGCUGUGUUCUGCUUUCCUCCUUACUGAUUGGCCGGAUCCACCAAACCCGUAACAAUGAAGUCCGUCGCUAGCGUAAAGGCGGAGGAAGAGAUAGGUCGUAUUUUAGCCUUGUUAGAAGACCAGCCCCGAUGCAGAAAGCUGCUCCAAACUACCGGAGACGAGGCGCAGAAAUGGUUGAAUCUGUUGCAAGCGAUUUCAGAAUCUCCUGGCACUCCAACGAAUUCGCGAUCCUUGAUCUUCAAGUUAAUGCUUCAGCUCUCCAAACGUUCUGGUUUAUGCCCGCAAUGCCUCGCUAUCGGAAACGUGAAGAAACUUGGAGACCACCCUGUCGAUUGGGGUGGAUUUGGAGACGUGUGGAAAGGAAAAAUCGGCGAACAAGUGGUUUGUUUGAAGGUAGUGAAGGUAUAUCUUGCGACGGACACACAACAGCUGGUCAAGGAGUACAUGCGAGAAGCAAUCGUAUGGCAACAGCUCAGGCAUCCCAAUCUCCUGCCUUUUCUGGGCAUGUAUUAUCUCGGCGAAGCUCGAGAACAGUUAUGUCUGGUGUCGCCAUGGAUGGACCGAGGCAACCUUAUCCGGUUCUUGAAGGAAACACCGAGGCACCUUGUGAAGCGUCACUCAUUGGCACGAGACGUUGCGGCCGGUCUCUCCCACCUCCAUAGCAUGAAGAUCGCUCACGGCGACUUGAAAGGUUUAAACGUCCUUGUCAUGCCAGACGAACGGGCCUGCAUCGGAGACUUUGGACUUGCUCGUAUUGCAGAUUCCCAUGCGCCUGGUCUCUCGUCUUCUAUGUCAGGCUCGUUCAAGGGUACAAUACGGUGGCUGGCGCCUGAAUUACUGAGGUCCGACCCGCCAAACGUCGUUUCCACCAAGAGCGACAUUUAUGCCUUUGGUUGCGUAUGUUAUGAGAUCUUUGCGAGUCGCGUUCCCUUUUACGAGCUCAAUGAUGGCGCAGUCAUAGUCGCUGUUUUAUUGGACAAGAAGCACCCGUCUCGUUCUGUCGCACCUGGCCUGCCUGAAAUACAGGAUUCAAUGUGGGAGAUGAUGUUAUCAUGCUGGAAUACAGACCCAAAGUCACGACCGACUGCCGCAGACUUGCUGUCGCGCCUUGGUGACGUGGGGCAGGGGAAUGAAGCAGUACGAGACUGGACGGACUCUAUCGACCAGAGCGAAAUCAGGAAUCAUGUCAAGUACCCAACGAUCGACGUGGAGUCUAUCAUUCAGAUGUGGAGGAGUUUGGGUAAUGAGGACGAAGCACAGCCAGAGCCGGAUAGGCCUAACCCAAGCUCUCCAACCUCUAUCUCUUUCCAGCAAGAAUGUGAACAACUUAAAUCCCGCCUACUUCGGCUCCACGACUUUGACUGCUAUUACUCCUUUAGCUCUCCAAAGGACGCACCCUCCCAACUUCUCGACCUAUUCUCACAAGGAACCCCUCUCUGUCACAUUUUCGACCUCUUACCCAACCAUAUUGCUCACAAAAUUCGAUACAUUCCUCCCGAAUAUUUGGCGGAGCCAUACGUAGCGAAAACGGGUCUUGAGCUGUUUAUACGUCACUUACACGAUAUAGUUGAACAUAUCCCAGGAGUGGAGCUAUUUACAGUUGACGAUUUGUGGUCUCGCAGUUCUUCGGUGGACGGAUUGAAAAAGGUCACGAAAACUGUCAAAGCCAUACUAGAUUUCGUUGAAGAAGAUGGGACACGGAACAUUGCACAGGAACUCGUCUGCACAGAUCAAAACUUUGUCGAAGAUAUGGAAAGAUUUCAGCAAUAUGCAGCUGCUGUUUUGAAAGCCAAUAUCCUUAAAGAUGACGACCCGCUCCAUCUGCUCCUUUCAUAUGUCGACAAGCUCCUUCGUUUUCAGCAACGGUUCCUUCAACUGCUUGAGGCUAAUGCUCAACGAUCGCGGGACGAACAACGGUGGGGGGAAGCGUUUUUGCAGUGCGAAUAUGAUUUUCUUGUGUACGCAUCAUACUCUAAAUACUACCAAGCUGCAAUGGAAAUUCUUCGAGUCAGCGAAGACAAGCUUUCGGCAUUCAACCAUCUAUACAACGUCAGGACAGAAGUACCUGCGUUCAUCACCAGACCUAUAUCAAGGGUUUGCAAGUACCCUCUCAUUCUUAACCAUCUCCUUAAAUACUCCACCUCCCACCCUUAUUUUGAUGAACUCAAAGCCGGCGCGGAAGCCGCAAAAAGAAACGCUGACCGGAUUCGCGAGUUCAUACGUGGAUCAGAAAAUGCCGUCAUAACCCAUAAUCUCAAGACUCGUGUGGAAGAUUGGAAAGGAAUCCCGGUAGACAAACUCGGAAAACUCCUUCUCGAAGACGUCUUUACCGUCACUCGGAAGGACAGUGAGAGGGAAUAUCACGUCUUUCUGUAUGAAGGGAUUCUUCUUUGUUGUGGAGAAGUUUCUUCUUCGGUGGAUAAGUCGAAGCGGAACAGGAUUCCGGUGGAUCUGAGAAGCAAGAAAGGGAAGCUAGCACUCAAAGGGCGGAUAUACCUUCGUAAUAUCACGGAACUUACGCCGCUGACAUCUUUUACAAGAUAUCCGGGAUCACGAACACACUAUCCAUUAGCCAUUUGGUGGAAAGCUGAAGACGACAAUGGUCUAGAUUAUUUGGUUCUACAUUGUCGUCGGGAGUCUCGGGCACGAGAAUGGGAGACGGCUCUGGGUGCUGCAAUUACAGCGGUUCAUCUGCAAGCGACUCCUGCCCUUGAUGAUAACUCCAAGGACCACGAGGAAAUCGUGAAAGUGAAGGUACACCUUCCGAACGAAGGUCACUCGUCUUCAACUGCCAGCGGAUUCUUCCCGCAAGGAAUUAGCCGAUGGGAUUUGUAGCACAUUACAGCCAUGGGAUGACCGGUUCGUGGACUCGGCGUCGUUGUGUAUCAGCUAUGAGGAUGACCACGGGGAUUUGAUUUAUCCGACGAACGAUGAUGUUCAGAUGCCUCUCGGUAAGGGAGGAGAGGUAAAUUUUACAUGUGCAGUGAGACGGUUGAUAUACCCUACCGUCUAAUUCUCGACAUUAUCGUUAUCUUUUCUCUAUCUUUUUUUUUCCCUCUUCGCUGUUGUAUAUACUAAGCCUCGCAUCGUAACAAAUGUACUUAUGCUUUGCAAGUCGAUUCAUAUGGAACUAAAACGAACGUAGCAUCGACGGACAUUGUUUCAUGGUCGUUCCAUGAAGGGAUCGUUAGCGCGGU